GUCAUGAUAUUUUAUCACAGCAACAGAAAAGAAAUUAGUGCCGGUAGUCUCACAAGUCUCGGACGCAGAACAGAUCAAUACCGAUGCCUCCAACAUGGAGGAUUCUGUCUCCGCUCCAGCUGCCCUUCUAAUACCAGGCUACAGGGAACCUGUAAGCCAGAUAAGCCCAACUGUUGUAGGAGUUGA